GACAGGAUCCACACGACAUACAUGUACUUCGGCUCAGGUCUGGGCAUAACGGCGGCCGCGGCUGUCGGUGCGCUCCGGAGUCCGGCAAUGAUGCGAAUGAUGACUAAAAACUCAAUGAUGUCACUGUUACUAACGAUGGGCGCUAUGAUCGGCACCGGAAUGAUCGCCCGAUCCAUACCCUACUCGGAGGGGUUGGGCGCCAAACAGAUGGCGUGGGCCGUCCACUGCGGUGUAGUCGGCGCUGUCAUCGCGCCGUUGUGUCUAUUGGGCGGACCUCUCAUACUGCGAGCGGCCUGUUAUACCGCGGGCAUUGUGGGCAGUCUGUCAGCCGUAGCCGCCUGUGCGCCGAGCGAUAGGUUUCUCAAUAUGGGUGGACCCCUGGCCAUAGGGUUGGGCGUAGUGUUUGCCUCAUCGCUGGGUUCGAUGUUUUUGCCGCCGACCACGGCGUUGGGCGCCGGCCUGUUCUCGUUGAGCAUCUACGGAGGGCUCGUACUGUUCAGCGCUUUCCUGUUGUACGACACGCAGAGGAUUGUGAGGAAAGCUGAGACGCAUCCGGUCUACGGGGACAGACCUUUCGACCCCAUCAACGCAUCCAUUUCCAUCUAUUUGGAUGUAAUUAAUAUAUUCGUACGACUGGUGAUGAUACUGGGGAUGGGAGGCAACAAACGCCGUUAAGCGGACAGUUGGCAACACUUACUAAAAGAGAUACUGUUCCCCUGUGUAGUGAUGACUCCUUUCAAAUGCAUUCAAUUAUUUUUCUCUCUAUUUGUUUUCAAUAUAUUUUUAACUUAUGUCUCGUUUACUAUUUUAGUUUCUCUAUUAGUUUAUGUUUGCAUUAAUUAUAGCUGUAGUUAUGAGACUAAAUAUAAACAUAAAAAUAUAUUUAAACUUUAAUUUUGAUGGUUUGAAAUGCAAUUGAAAUGAUUUAUGAGAGUCUCAUAUAUUUACUCACAAGGAGACUACAGUACAGUACUGUAA